ACAGCAGAAAAAAAAAAAAAAAAAAAAAAAAAAAGAGUAAAGAAAAAAGAAAAAGAAAAAUUGCAGCGAUCGGGCCUUUCUCGGAUCCGCUUUACCGGGUCCCAUUAUCUACCUGUCUAAACACAUUUUCACAGCAGAGAUUAUUGAAGAAGAAGAAGGAGAAAGUGAUAGAAGAAGAAGAGGCGGAGAGAGAUGUGGGUGUUUUACCUGAUCUCGCUACCUCUAACCCUAGGCAUGGUGAUUUUGACGUUGAGGUACUUCGCUGGACCGGAGGUUCCUCGUUAUGUCUUUUUCACCGUCGGAUACACCUGGUUCUGUUCUCUUUCCAUUAUCAUCCUUGUUCCCGCCGAUAUCCAUACGACAAAAUUUCAUCUUGACAAUGGAGGCAUUUCUUUCUUUUGGAGUUGGUCGUAUUGGAGUACGUUUUUACUUACAUGGGCUGUGGUGCCCCUUAUCCAGGGUUUUGAAGAUGCUGGAGACUUUACUGUGACGGAAAGAUUAAGGACUAGCAUACAUGCCAAUUUGGUCUUCUAUUUAAUUGUGGGAUCUAUUGGGCUCUUUGGACUUAUCCUUCUCAUCAUGAUGCAUAAGAUAGAGAGUGAAGGUGUGCUUGGUUUUGCCAUGGCAUGCUCGAAUACUUUUGGACUUGUUACAGGCGCCUUUCUUCUUGGUUUUGGUUUGAGUGAAAUUCCCAAAAGCCUAUGGAGAAAUGCUGAUUGGACAACUCGCCAAAAAGUUCUUUCUCAUAAAAUUGCCAAAAUGGCUGUGAAGCUUGAUGAUGCUCAUCAAGAACUUUCAAAUGCUAUUGUAGUUGCUCAGGCAACAUCCAAUCAGAUGUCCAAGCGUGACCCUUUGAGACCUUACAUGAAUGUCAUAGAUAACAUGCUAGCUCAAAUGUUUAGGGAGGAUCCAUCCUUUAAACCACAAGGUGGCCGAUUGGGAGAAAAUGAUAUGGACUAUGAUACGGAUGAGAAGUCAAUGGCAACACUUAGACGUCAUCUUAGGGGAGCUCGUGAAGGUUAUUAUCGUUAUAAAAGUGAGUAUAUGACCUAUGUCUCAGAAGCCCUUGAACUGGAAGAUACAAUUAAAAAUUAUGAACGUGCCAGUUCAACUGGAUGGAAAUAUAUUUCAAGCUUCAGACCUGCUCGAACUGGUAAAUUGGGGUCACUCUUUGAUACAAUUGAGUUUUUUUGGCGAUGCAUCCUGAGAAAGCAAUUUGAGAAGCUCUUGGCUAUCAUACUUGGAACUAUGUCAGCUGCAAUUCUUUUAGCAGAGGCAACUCUGCUACCGACUGGAGUUGAUCUUUCACUUUUUUCAAUCCUGAUUAACUCUAUAGGAAGGCAAGAACUGUUAGUCCAGGUGUUGGCUCUUGUGCCUUUGAUGUAUAUGUGCGUCUGCACGUACUACUCUUUGUUCAAAAUUGGAAUGCUGAUGUUUUACUCUUUAACACCCAGGCAGACAAGCUCAGUCAGCUUGCUUAUGAUAUGCUCGAUGGUUGCUCGGUAUGCUGCUCCAAUUUCAUACAACUUUCUCAAUCUCAUCGAUCUUCACGCUAAAACCAUAUUUGAAAAGCGAAUGGGAAAAAUUGAUGAAGCUGUAUCUUUUUUUGGAAGUGGGUUUAACAAAAUCUAUCCUCUCAUAAUGGUUAUAUACACCCUGUUAGUCGCAAGCAAUUUCUUUGACCGUGUGAUUGGUUUCUUUGGGAGUUGGAAGAAAUUUAGAUUUCAAACUGAAGCAGAUGAUACUGAUGGAUUUGAUCCAUCAGGAAUGAUUAUCCUACAAAAAGAACGAUCUUGGCUGGAACAAGGAGAAAAUGUUGGUGAGCAUGUUAUUCCAUUGGCAAGAAACUUCAAUAGUGUGGAUAUCGAGUCUGGCAGCAGUAAUGCAGAAAAGGUGGCUGUUGAAAUGAAGGCAACAACUAGUUUAGUUGCUAAUGACAUAAAGGGAAGCACAUCGACCCCUUUAAAAGAAGAGAAUCGUAGAUAUAGCACCAGCAAAGAAGCCAUCAGCAACAAGUACGCAGCCAUGAGAGAACAGAGUAGAAACGCCAGUACACCACCUGUGGAGAAGAAUAUCGCCUCUGCUAAGGUGUCAUUGCUCAAUGCAGGCACAGCUGAAUCCAACACCCCAACAGGUGGGCCAUCUGGUUUGGUGUCAAAAUGGGAAUCAAUGAAGAAUGGGUUUCAAAGCUUUAAGGCAAACAUAGGGGUUAAAAGAUUUCUACCUUUACGCCAAGUUCAGGAAACUAAACUUGUCUCUCGUGGUUCAUCAUUUGAGUCUCUCGAUGAGAUAUUCCAAAGAUUGAAACGGCCAUCUGAUGAACGUGGCGUUAACAGUGAUGUUAAUAGUGAUGAUGAUGACGACACUGUGGAUGCAAUAUCAGGCCCUGGCAGAUGAGGUUGGAUUUGUCAGAGGAAUAGGAAAUUGUGGAUGUUGUAGAAACUGAAACACAAGAUGUAUAGAUAAACGGGUGAUGCCCAUCUUACACCAAAUUUUUUCGACUGAAAUUUAGGAGGCUGAUCUACCAGACGGAGAUAUCAUACAUACAUCAGAAAUGGGAAAACUCAGAUAUACGAUAGGAUGGACAGAGAGAAGAUGAAGAAGAAAAACGUCCACUAUUUUGAAUCGUAGCAGUAAAAAGUAAUUUGAUGUCACAAAAUAUUUGAAAACAAUGUCCUUAUUGAGUUAUUAAUUUGUAAAGAAGAUAGCAUGCCCCUUGGAAUCGAAGGGCUUGAAUGCUUCCAGGAAAUGUUGUAUUUAGCUAACAUAAAUAUUUUGAAAUUAUUAAAAUUUUGACUUAAUUCUUAAAAAUAA